AUGCGUUCCGCUCUUAUUCUUGCCGCUGUCGCCGGCUUCACCGCUGCUACCCCUGUUGCUCCCCGUGACACCGCUGCUCAGGAUGGCAUCGACUUGAGCGUCUUUGAUGCUGAGCCCAAGCCGACCAAGAUUGGCCCAGCCGUUGGUGUUAGCUCCGAAAAGCCAACGUACGACAAAGCAAAGGCGCAAGCUGAUGCUGCUAAAGAUGCUGUUGAGAACCCUGUCGCAGUCACAAAGCGAGAACUGGAGGGUCGCAGCUCGACAUGCACCGGCUCCAACCAAGAGCCUGACGGCUAUGGACCUGUACCCUCGCCGGACACCUACGACUCCUUCAUGUCGUCGUCUGCGCUUGACCAAAUUUCAAGCGACGCGCCGGUCCCCCAAGGGUACAGCUUGUCUUUCCAGGGAAAGAAAGCCUCGGUUGAGGGGCCUGGCUACCAGGGACUCUACACUUUGAAGACUUACAACACUAUCCAGUGCCAACAGUACUGCGACGCUGCCCCUGCUUGCUACGGCUUCAACGUGUUCCUGGAGAGGAAUCCCAAGUUCACCCCGAGCGAUACCUGCGUCGACCCAGAGAGCAUUACCAACUACAAGUGCACGCUCUGGGGCGCUGGAGUCACUGAUGCAGCUGCCACGAACGUGGGACAGUGGAGAAACGACUUCCACGUCGGCAUCACCGCAUCGAAUGGCUACAACAAGCUCGCGCCCCCCCCUCCGAUUGCCGACUUUGACGGUCCCUUCGCUUUUGGCGGUGCUACUCAGGCUCCCAACUCAUACAUGGGCUCCAAGUACUACCCUGGCCCCUACGACCCUAGCCUGUGUGCCAGCGCUUGCCAGGCGACGACCCAGUACGACCACGACCACCCCAACAGCGACGGCACCUACGAUGCGUGCAACUUCUUCAACGCUUACGUCCUGAGCGAGAACAACAUCCCUCAGGGAACCUACUGCUCCAUGUACACCAAGUCUUGGGACAAGAGCUACAGCACCAACUACGGCCAGUACAGAGGUGAAGACUACUACUCGGUCUCGCAGAGCUACGGCUACACUCUCUCGGUCCAGGACUCAGGCAAGGUCGUCCAAUCAGUCCCCUCCUGA